UGCUUAUCCACAAUUCCCCCCCAGUUGCGCGCACGGUUCCCAAAGAUCCGCGCGGAAACAUCAGGCUAGGAGGACGGCCAAUGACGCUGAUUCCCAGAGUGAUGAAGCUUUAUUGCAGUCCGCUAGUCUGUCCGUACGCUGGUCAUUUACUCACUUCCCUGACAUUCUCCUAUCUCGCAGCCGGCACACCGGCAUUCAGCUGGUCGUUAGCGUGCAGAGGCUAACCAGUCAUCGGCACGCCGUCAUUCGGGAGACGACGUCUGUUUCUCGUUUUUUCGCGAAAGCGUCGUCACUGUCGGACGUCGCAAAAGCGUCGUCACUGCCGGACUUCGCGAAAGCGUCGUCACUGCCGGACUUCGCGAAAGCGUCGUCACUGCCGGACUUCGCGAAAGCGUCGUCACUGCCGGAUUUCGCGAAAGCGUCGUCGCUGCCGGACGAAGAGUCGCCAUGGCGGAUGGUGGCUGGGGAGUGCGACGGCGACUAGCCAUCUGGGAGAGCCGCGCAGACUCCUUUCGCGAUAAACCCGCGGAUCCUCUCCGAACCUCCCCAUCAGGUUCGGGAGCUCCCGGAGCUCCCAGCGGCGCGCCGGCGCAGUACGGCGCAUCGCCAGCCGUUGGAUCGACGGGAGCGGCGAACGGAGGACGGAGAUGGGAGCAGUGGGAUCGGACGUACGACAACGUUCAUUUCUCCACCCCGCGCGAUGCGCAGUUUGGCGGCCCCGGAGCGUCGUCAAGCUACGUGCCAGAGGAUCCCCGCUACACCCCUGCUGGAACCACAGCACCUGGGACGGGCGCAACUGGGGCAGGCUCUUCUGCUGCAGCUGUAGCCUACCCUUCCUCCCGGAGCCGAGGAGGGGGGGGAAAGCACCACCACCACCGCCACCACCACCACCACCACCAGCAGCAACCGCACCAGCAGCCGCACCAGCAGCCGCACCAGCAGCCGCACCAGCAGCCGCACCAGCAGCCAUACUACAACCACAAUCAGCAGCAGCAGCAGCAGUACUACCCGGGGGUAGGGGGAGGGGGAGGGGGCGCAAGCAGGGGCGGACCCCUCCGCAUCAGCCCGUCCUACUCCAACGAACCGGACGCUUCAGGGCUUGGCGGGAGCGGGGGAGGGGGUGGGGGGGAGGAUGAGGCGUGGGCGUGGUGGCGGGAGAUGUACCAGAUCGACUGGAAGCCCAAGGAGGUGCUCUUUAAGUUCCGCCAGCGCUUUCUAAAGUACCGCCUGGGGGCCAACGUGGAGCUUAGGCGCAAGGACCAAGUGCAGCUCUCCACGCUGUCUCUCUCCCCCAAAACUGCUAGUGCUACUGCGCCCAAGCACAACCCGCUGUCGCUGUGCGGAUUCCAGGUGAACAGCGCGAAUCUGAAGCUGGUCUUAAAGCCAACCACCACGAACCGCAAGUGGAAGGUCAUCUUUGAGCCGCAGCGGGGCGACAUCCGCUUCCUCACCCGCAAGAUUCCUAUAGCGGGGCUGCUCAACCUGCAGGUGGGAAUCGGCCACGAUUUCCGCCACAAUGCGACGGGGUGGAAGUGGAAGUUGACUUCUGUCCUGAAUGGGAACACGCCCUCGGAGAUUCGUUAUAAGCACAACCUGCCCGUGUGCCCGGGCGUGGACGUGCGGGUGGGAUGGAACGCCGAAUACGUGCUGCCGGACAUGCAUGGAGCCCUGGGAACAGGGGAGCCGAUUUUAGGGUUGAACGUGGGACGCCUUUACGCCUCGGUGGAAAGACUAGAGGCCAUCUUCACGUCCAUUGACUGAUGUGGACUGCUGUUGACCGUGCUGAACUGCUGUGCUGUUGACUGUUGACUGCUGUUGAUCAUGCUGGUCCGCUGUUGACUGCUGUUGACUUAGCCUGAGCCAGGUCUCGUCCAGGAGCAUUACCUCGAUGGGCCGAAGCGGCGCAGGUCUUUCUCUCCAAAGCAUGCAGCUUGAUGUAGGAUGUAGUACCGUGCCAUGCGUAGUUUCUUAACCUGAUAUAUUAUUUGUAGUUUAUGCAGCUCAAUAGUAUGAAGCUGCCUGGUCUCCCUUUCUGGUAUAGAGGACACGAGUAAAUUAUCUACCAACCAAUUUCUGCUGGGCUGAGUUGCUUAGGAUAUUUUCAGAAGGCUAAGAGCGAGUUCCUACCAGCCUCUUCCCAGGCUAUC